AUGUUCUCUUUGAUUGUUUUAGCUACAUUGGCAUUGGCUAAAUGUUCACAUAAAAAUUUUGGACUCUGCUCUAGUCAUAACUCUGAAGUUUCAUAUGACUAUAUUCUUCAUGUUCAAACAUGGACUGGACAAUUUUGUAAAACACAAUGUUGCGAUUUACCAGAAACUACAAGAGCAUUCCAUGAAGGUUUUACUAUGCAUGGGUGGUGGCCAAAUUUUGUAAGUGGAUAUCCUUCAUGUUGCAAGUCACCAUAUACUGAUUCAGAUGUUUCAAAAUUAAUUACAGGAAACUUUAAAGAACAAUUGUCAUACAACUGGCCAUCAUUAACAAAAUGUAAAUUCUUUAAUUAUGAAUAUGAUAAACAUGGAACUUGUUUAAGUGAUAUUUAUAGUGGAUCUACAGGACCAAAAGAUUACGCUAAUGCUGCAAUGAAUAUUCUUAUUAAACAUGAUAUGUGGAAGUUAUUUAAAGCUAAUGGUGUUAAAGCUGAUGGUUCAACUAAUUAUAAAAAGUCAUGGUUAAAAGGAUUAGUUGCUAAAGAAAUAGGUGUUAAUGAUGCUGUUUAUUUCACUUGUAAUAAUAAAAAUUUAGCUGAAUUAAGACUUUGUACUAUGGUUACUACUUCAACUAAAUCUAAUCCACAAUUUAUUACUUGUCCAUCUGCUGCUUUUAAACAAGAGACUUGUGGUGAUAAUAUUGUUUUCCAACCACUCCCUUCAUUAUCAAGCACUGGAUGUGAUUAUUAA